AUGGAAACACUUGGGGACGCGUCAAAACGCAAUUUGGCACGCUUCCAGGCCCUGAUAAAAAGAAGCUUCCUGCCUUCAUCCUCACAUCCGCAGAACACUUUACGCAAAGCUGACCACCGCAAGGCCAUGGAGGCUUGCACCAACAAGAGUGGAUUAUCGUCUCGUUCUAAUGGAGACAAUUCGAGCCAGCAGUCCGAUUUGUGGAGACCAUGGUUUCGAAAUGAGGGCAAAAAUGUCGAACGCAAGACGUUUUCAACACAUGAAGACCUCACUGGUGCAACAGAACCCAAAACACCUCAAGUCAUCCAUCCAGUCAAGUUGUACUGGCCAAAAUCGAGAUUUUUUGAUUAUCUGUAUCGGGACGCAGAAAUACUCCUCCGCAACUAUCCGGUUCAAGCAGCCAUCUGCCCCUACGAAGACUCCAGCAGCGACGAAGACAACGAUGAUGAAGAGGAGGAGGUUGAAAAGGAGCAAAACUAA